AUGAGUCUUCUACCUCGCACUGCCGAGGAGUUCAGUUCUGCAGAGUACUGGGAACGCUUCUUCAAGAAGAGAGGAGAGAAGGCUUUUGAGUGGUAUGGAGACUACAACAAACUCUGUGGCGUGCUGCACAAAUACAUCAAACCGCGGGAUAAGGUCUUGGUGGUGGGCUGUGGUAACUCUGAGCUGAGUGAGCAGCUGUAUGACGUUGGCUACAGACAUCUGACCAACAUUGACAUUAGUGAGACGGUGGUGAAUCACAUGAACCAGAAGAAUGCCAAGCAGCGCCCAGACCUGACCUUCCAGAAGGUGGAUGCCACCCAGACGCCCUACGAGGACGGAAGCUACCAGGCUGUACUGGACAAGGGGACACUGGACGCCAUGGCCUCCCAGGAGGGGGCUCUAGCUGGGAGGAUGCUGGCUGAGGUGGGCCGUGUCCUGGGUAUAGGAGGCCGCUACGUCUGUGUGACCCUGGCCCAGGAGAGUGUCAUCAAGCUGGCUGUGGAGCACUUCAUCCAGGUGGGCUGGGCUGUGAGACUCCAUUGUCUGGGUGACCCAGAGAGCCAGGAGGUCUCUUCCUUCGCUCUGCCUGUCUUCGUAUUGGUUUGCACAAAGUUCCGCCAGCCAAUGCCCAUGCCCAUCCUGGAGAUGUGCCAAGGGGAGGAUGGUGACCCCGUGAGGCUUCCCGUGGUGGCAGACCUGCUGUCUGUGGUGAGAGAGCGCCAGGCGUACGCCAUGCUGAGACAGAGGCUCCGUACAGGUACAGACUCGACCUCUACCCCCUCGUUGACCCUCUGCCACGCCCCCACUGGGCGACCCCGCUACACCCUCACCGUACAGGACUGCCCCCCUGGUGCCAAGGUUCCUCGUGCAAACCACUUUGCCAUCUUCAUAGUGCCUCAGGGCAGAGAGACUGAUUGGCUGUACGGCUUGGCCGAGGGGCGGGGCCAACUAGCGGCUAGCGCUAACUUCAGACGUCUGGUUGUCGUGGCCAUGCACAGAGAACAGGAGUAUACCGACAUGCAGGCUGUCCAAUCAGAGCUCUCCCCCAUGGUGAUGGAACUCGCCCCCCCUGGGAUGCCAGCCAAUCAGAAAGUUCCGUUCCUGUCGGUGGGAGGUGAGCUGGGUUGGAGGGUGGUGAGUCAUGGUACCAGUGAUCUGAGUGGUCAGUACUCUGUAGAGGAUGUGAGAGGAGAGGAUGGUCAGCUCUACCGUAGACUGGUGUUCCUGGGUAACGACGGACUGGUCCAGUCAGAGAGCCGCCUCACUAAUCCAGCAGCAGCAGCAGCCUCGUCUCAGAAGAAUAAGAAGAGCAGAAGGAAAGCCAAGCCCUCUGCCCCUCCCCCCAUGACAACCCCAUCCCAGACACCAGGUGGCGCCCUGGAGGUGGACAAAGGCUAUCUAUGCUGUGCCCACCACAGGGUCAUGGUGGCUGGCCUCGCCAUGCUAGGAGUGGGCACCGACCACACCAAAGAUGUGUCAGUGCUCCUGGUGGGACUGGGUGGAGGAGGGCUGCCCCAGUUCCUGCGGGACUUUGUACCUGGAGCCAGGGUGGAGGUGGUGGAGCUGGAUCCAGCAGUACUGGGGGUGGCUCAGGGAUGGUUCGGCUUCACACCUGAUGACAGGCUCACUGUCACACUGGGAGAUGGACUGGAACACAUUAACAACAUUGAGAGAGAAGGUGGUCAUCAGUAUGAUGUCAUCAUGUUUGACGUGGACAGUAAGGACCCCAGUUUGGGGAUGAGCUGUCCUCCUCCUGCCUUCGUAGAAACAGCCUUCUUGGAGAGAGUUGGCAAUCUGCUGACAUCUCGAGGUGUGUUCAUGUUGAACCUGGUGUGUCGUGACUCUGCAUUGAAGAAGAGUGUGUUGGGUCGUGUGCGGGGUGUGUUCCCGCGUGUGCUCUCCCGGGGCAUCGAGGGGGAGGUCAACGAGGUGCUGCUGUGCUCCAGGGGAACGGGGGAGACAGGAGUCCCACCCAGCCUGCUGAAGGCAGGGAAGACUCUACAGGUAGCACUGGGCAUGAACAGCAGUAGAGCAGCAACCUGCAUCCCUCAGAUAGACAUCACUGAGCUGCUAGAGGACCUGAAUGUGGCAUGAGGAGAAGAGGACAAUGUGAAAAAGUAUCAUUUUAAUUCUCAAAAUGCUACAUGCAAUGUAUGAAAUAUAAAUGUAUACUGAACAAAAAUAUAAAUGCUACAUGUGAUAAUUUCAGAGUUGCAGUUCAUAUUAGGAAAUGAUUUGAUUUAAAUAAAAUAAUUAGGCCCUAACCUAUGGAUUUCACGACUGGGAAUACAGAUAUGAAUCUGUAGAGCGUGGAUCAGGAAACCAGUCAGUAUCUGGUGUGACCACCAUUUGCCUCAUGCAGUGUGACACAUCUCCUUCACAUAGAGUUUAUCAGGCUGUUGAUUGUGGCCAAUGGACUGUUGUCCCACUCUUCAAUGGAUUUGCGAAGUUUCUGGAUAUUGGCGGGAACUGGAACACGCUGUCGUACACGUCGAUCCAGAUCAUCCCAAACAUGCUCAUUGGGUGACAUAUCUGGUGAGCAUGCAAGCUAUGGAAGAAGUGGGACAUUUUCACCUUCCAGGAAAUGUGUACAGAUCCUUACAACAUCGGGUCGUGCAUUAUCAUGCUGAAACAUGAGGUGAUGGCAGCGUGAUGAGUGGCACGACAAUGGGCCUCAGGAUCUCGUUGCGGUUUCUCUGCAUUCAAGUUGCCAUCGAUAAAAUGCAAUUGUGUUCGUUGUCUGUAGCUUAUGCCUGCCCUUACCAUAACCCUACCGCUACCAUGGGGCACUCUGUUCACAACGUUGACAUCACCAAACCACUCACCCACACAAUGCCAUGUCUGCCAUCUGCCCGGUACAGUUGGAACUGGGAUUCAUCUAUGAAGAGCACACUUCUCCUCCAGCGUGCCGGUGGCCAUCCAAGGUGAGCAUUUGCUCACAGAAGUCUGUUACGAUGCUGAACUGCAGUCAGGUCAAGACCCUGGUGAGGAUGACGAGUAAACAGAUGAACUUCUCAGAUAUGGUUUCUAACAGUUUGUGCAGAAAUUAUGUGGUUAUGCAAACCCACGAUCCCGCAGGCGAAGAAGCCGGUUGUAGAGGUCCUGGUCUGAUGUGGUUACAUGUGGUCUGCAGGUGUGAGGCCGGUUGGAAGUACUGCCAAAUUCUCUAAAAUGACGUUAGAGGUGGCUUAUAGUAGAGAAAUUAACAUUAAAUUCUCUGGCAGCGUCUCCGGUGGACAUUCCUGCAGUCAACAUGCCAAUUGCACGCUCCCUUAACUUGAGACAUAUGUGGCAUUGUAUUGUGUGACAACUGCACAUUUUAGAGUGGCCAUUUUUGUCCCCAGCACAAGGUGCACCUGUGCAAUGAUCAUGCUGUUUAAUCAGUUUCUUGAUAUACCACACCUGUCAGUUGGAUGGAUUAUCUUGGCAAAGGAAAAAUACUCACUAACAGGGAUGAAAACAAAUUUGUGCACAAUUUUAGAUAAAUAUUUUUUGUGCUAUGGAAAAAUCCCCUGGUCUUUUAUUUCAGCUCAUGAAACAUGGGACCAACACAUAACAUGUUGGGUUUAUAUUUUUGUUCUGUGUACUUGGUCCCAACAGAAUAAAUAAACGUUUUAUUCUCAAA